AUGCAGAUCCAUAACAUCAUGUAUCUGCUUGUGGCGCUGCUGCUGCACAUACAUGCAGUACACAGCUUGCCCGCCUCCUCUAGUGACACUCAGACUGUGUGGGCCACUCCCCACGACAGCUAUUCAUCUUCCGUCGGUGUCCUCGGGUGCAAGGUCAACACAAACCGCAUCGCCUACUGGCCCCAGUCCAUUGACUGCGACAACAUCUGCAUCUCCCUUUCAUACGAGGGUCGUACAGUCAAGCUGCUGCGCAUCGACCAGUCCCAGGGCGCCUACGACGUCAGCUACGAUGCUUGGAACUACCUCUACACGGGCAAGUCGGCAACUGACGCCCCCGCUGCUGGCGGUGCCGUGGAGAUGCAGACCAAGAACCUCAAGGCGUCCGAGUGCAAGGACCUGAUCAAAACGAAAGGCAAUGUGCUACCGCUCAGCGCUGCCAAUAGCAUGAACUUCCUUGCCAGCUGCCUCAGCACCGACACCUGGGUUGGGAAGAACUACCGCCUGUAUAACAUUGCAGACUCGGUUUGUUCCUUGGGCAAGGAUGAGAGCUGCGAGCUUGACUGGCCAAACGCUAACCAGGCGAAGUGCCCUUCUAUGUUGGGAGACACGUCCAAGCUGGAGGGCUCCCCCGUCUAUAACAUCAGGUACCCAACUGGGCAAACUGUCCUCGCAUCAACCAACGAGAUUGUGGAAAACGGUAGUAGUGCAACUUUCGCGCUAUCAUCAGGUCCACGGAGCAUGAUGAUGCUCAUGGCAUGGUCCGCUGUUCUCAGUUAUUGGAUAUGCAGUUCAUGA